CACAGAAAAACACUGAAGGGGUUUCAUCAAAAUUUCCCCUUCCAGGUUCUUGAUCCAUUAUUUUGUAUGUUCCAUGGAGAACCUAACUACGGUUGCUAUGGAGGAGGAGGAGAAGGAGAACGGUGGCGCUGUCGCCACUUCUCUCAAUUACAAUGCUUCGCCUCUUCUUUUCCCCGGCGCAAAAGAAUCAAGCAACAUUGCUACAAUGGCAGCAUCGCUAGUUCUUCCUCCGGCAACGCUUUCACAAGAACCCUGCAUGAUAAUCUUUUCACCAGUCAUAUACAAGAACCAAAGUUUCAUAUUUCUCCAAGCUAUCCAGGUGAAUUCCCCGAAUUCAACUAACCAGUUUAUGCCUCUGCCUUCUGUGAAUUGUAUAAAUGGAUUUGACAUUGCAGAACCAAUGUUUGUAAAUCCUGUUUCUAAUUCAUUGAAUUAUGGCUUUAGACCUUCCUGGGAAUGUGUUGAUCGUGUUCAAUUAUCGACAAGGCUACAUGUUGGUUCAGUUCUGUGCCAAAGAUUAUCAGCUGAAACAGAUUGCAGGAAGAGCAAUUUCAUAAGUUCUAAGACAUACAACAUUGAAUGGAUUCUGUCUAGAGUCAAUUGGAAAGCUCAUAAAGGCACUUGGGGAUUCUACUUUAUUGAGGAUUUACUAUAUGAAGCAGCUGUAAAGAGUGCAUUAGACCUUGUCAUUCAUGAGGAAGGAUGCAUAAACUUUAAGAACUUCAUAAUUUCCAGCAGAGGUCAACUCCUACAACUAAUCACAGAAAGUUCUGUCUUCCUCUCUCAAGAUCCUUUCGGGAACUUUGCGGUACAACAUGUCCUGGAACUAGAAAUCCCCACCUUCACUAAAGAAAUUUGCUCAGCUGAAAGGCCACUUUGUGAAGAUUUCAAUGCAGAAAGCUGGGAGCCAUGUGGUGGAGAAAUGCUUGAUGUCUCGAGGGAUGGAACUUGUGGUUCAAGAUUUCAUUGAUAGCAACCAGCUUCAGCAUGUUAUUAAGGAUCAAUAUGGCAACCAUGUUAUUCAAACAGCACUAAAAGUCACAAUGGUAC